AUGCCCCGCGCCCGUGGCUCCAUUCGGACCUUUGCGACGUCUUCUGCUCUUCUUGACUCGCUCCUGUUUAUUGAGCACAAGAACGGCGAGAUUAAUCCCGCAACGCUUUCUGCGCUCACCGCCGCCCAAAAACUCGGCGGCGACGUGCAUGGUCUUGUUCUUGGCAGCGAGAGCGAUGCCAAGGCUGUUGCAGAGAAGGCCUCUAAAAUUGGCGGACUUGCCAAGGUGCUUGUGAGCACUUCGGACGCAUUUGCGAAUCAGCUCGCAGAGCCAGUUGCGCCUUUGCUUAAGAGCCUCGUCGAGGAGAAGGGCUACACGCACCUUGUCGCAGGCCACACUGCCAAUGGUCGUGAUCUUAUUCCCCGUGCAUCCUCCUUGCUUGAUGCGUCACAGGUCUCGGACAUCAUCUCGGUUGACGGCCCCGACACGUUUGUGCGUCCCAUCUAUGCAGGCAAUGCACUCGCCACGGUCAAGUCCCUCGACAAAACCAAGGUCGUCACCGUGCGUGGCACUGCCUUUGACGCCGCAUCGACAGAGGGCGGCAGCGCUGCUGUAGAAGACGUGCCCGCUGGCAGCCCCGAGGUGCCGACCAAGUUUAUUGAAGAGAAGCUGAGCGAAUCUACGCGCCCUGAUCUUGGCACAGCUCCCCGCGUCGUAUCCGGUGGCCGUGCGCUCAAGUCCGCUGAGGGCUUCGUCAAGUACAUUGAGCCGCUCGCUGACAAGCUCAAGGCCGCCGUCGGUGCCUCGCGUGCUGCCGUCGAUGCCGGCUAUGCGGACAAUGCAUUGCAGGUCGGCCAGACUGGCAAGAUUGUUGCACCAGAACUCUACUUCGCUGUGGGUAUCAGCGGUGCGAUUCAGCACCUUGCUGGUAUGAAGGACAGCAAGACGAUCGUUGCAAUCAACAAGGACCCCGAGGCGCCGAUUUUCCAGAUUGCUGACCUUGGCCUUGUGGCCGAUCUGUACGAGGCCGUGCCCGAGCUCACCGAGAAACUGCAGUAA